AUGGCCACCAUCACCUGCAAUCGCUUCACUGAGGAGUACCAGCUCUUUGAGGAACUGGGCAAGGGCGCUUUCUCCAUCGUCCGGAGAUGCGUGAAGGUGUUGGCAGGACAAGAGUAUGCAGCCAAGAUCAUCAACACCAAGAAGCUGUCUGCUCGAGAUCACCAGAAGCUGGAAAGAGAAGCCCGGAUCUGCCGCCUCCUGAAGCACCCCAACAUUGUGAGGCUCCACGACAGCAUCUCUGAAGAGGGCCACCACUACCUGAUAUUUGACCUGGUCACCGGUGGGGAGCUGUUUGAGGACAUUGUGGCCAGGGAGUACUACAGCGAAGCGGAUGCUAGCCACUGCAUCCAGCAGAUUCUGGAGGCCGUCCUGCACUGCCACCAGAUGGGAGUGGUCCACCGGGAUCUGAAGCCAGAGAACCUGCUGCUGGCUUCCAAGCUGAAGGGUGCUGCUGUCAAGCUGGCUGACUUUGGCCUUGCCAUCGAGGUGGAGGGGGACCAGCAAGCAUGGUUUGGUUUCGCUGGCACCCCAGGAUACCUCUCCCCUGAGGUGCUCCGGAAGGAUCCCUAUGGCAAAGCCGUGGACCUGUGGGCUUGUGGUGUCAUCCUCUACAUCCUGCUGGUGGGGUACCCACCCUUUUGGGAUGAAGACCAGCACCGACUCUACCAGCAGAUCAAAGCUGGGGCUUAUGAUUUCCCCUCCCCUGAGUGGGACACAGUCACCCCUGAAGCAAAAGAUCUCAUCAACAAGAUGUUGACCAUAAACCCAUCCAAGCGCAUCACAGCAGCAGAGGCUCUGAAGCACCCCUGGAUAUCGCACCGUGCCACCGUGGCAUCAUGCAUGCACAGGCAGGAGACUGUGGACUGUCUGAAGAAGUUCAAUGCCCGGAGGAAGCUGAAGGGAGCCAUUCUCACCACCAUGCUGGCCACCAGGAACUUCUCCGGAGGCAAAAGUGGUGGCAACAAGAAGAAUGACGGCGUGAAGAAAAGAAAGUCCAGUUCCAGCGUUCAGUUAAUGGAAUCGUCGGAGAGCACCAACACCACCAUCGAGGAUGAAGACACCAAAGUACGGAAGCAGGAAAUCAUCAAAGUCACAGAGCAGCUGAUCGAAGCCAUCAGCAACGGCGACUUUGAGUCCUACACGAAGAUGUGUGACCCUGGGAUGACUGCCUUCGAGCCUGAGGCUCUGGGCAACCUUGUGGAAGGGCUGGAUUUCCACCGAUUCUACUUUGAAAACCUGUGGUCCCGGAACAGCAAGCCUGUGCACACAACGAUCCUGAACCCCCACAUCCACCUGAUGGGAGACGAGUCCGCCUGCAUCGCCUACAUCCGCAUCACGCAGUACGUGGACGCGGGAGGCAUCCCCCGCACCGCCCAGUCGGAGGAGACUCGCAUCUGGCACCGCCGGGACGGCAAAUGGCAGAUCGUCCACUUCCACAGAUCCGGCGCCCCCUCCGUCCUACCGCAGUAA